AUAUCUCAUCUGAUAUAAUUUAACUUUGAAAAAUGUAUUUGGUAAACAACACUACGCAGAGUGAAUGUGCCAACAUUGUCACAAAUGAAGCUGUGAACACCGUUUUUGUUGUGGUUUACAUUUUGAUUGGAGUUUGCGGUUUGUUUGGGAAUCUUUUGGUCAUUUACGUUAUUUUGAAUUCACCGAAGAUGAAAACGGUAACCAAUAUGUACAUUUUUAACUUGGCUCUCUCAGAUUUGAUAUUUUUACUACAUAUCGCUAUGAUCACAACCACCACUAUUGUCAAGCAUUGGGUAUUCGGAGAAACCGUGUGUAGGAUAUUCUUUAUGACGGCAUCGGUUACCACGUUUUCCAGCGUUUUGACGUUAACAAGUCUAAGCGUGGACCGCUAUAUUGCUGUUUGUAAGCCUGUAAUAUCUCAGAAACAUCGACAACGAUUGAAAGCUGUGUUUGUCAUCGUUUUUAUUUGGCUACUUUCAUUAUUACUCUCAAUGCCUAUAAUUCUAUAUUCAAAAAGAACAUCACAUCCUUAUUUGGAAGGUAAAUUUUCCUGCCAGGUAGACUGGCCUGACGUAAAGGUCGUUCCUGCAUAUAUUAUUUACACAUUCAUUCUGGGAUUUGGAAUUCCCCUUUGUUUCAUUUCAACAUUUUACACCUGUGUUAUUCUUCAUAUGAAGAGUGCUGGACCAGUAAAUCGACAAAGAUCUACUGAACAACGUAAAAAUCACAGGAAAGUCACCUACCUUGUUUUUGCAAUCAUUUUGACGUAUGUAAUCUGUUGGCUACCUUACUGGGUACUACAGAUAGUACUUGUAGUACUGAGUCUGUACAACACAGUGAUAGAUACUAUAGCAGUAGCAUUACAUAUAUGUACAGUCUUAACAUUUGCUAACAGUAUGAUCAAUCCAAUUUUGUAUGCUUUCAUCAGUGAAAACUUUCGUCAAAGAUUCAAGGAAGCAUUUACGUGUCAGUGCAUUUUUAAAGAACGUAUUCGAUACAUCUUAACUCAAGGUCAUACUAACACAACACAACAAGUUGAACUUGAUUUGGUGAGGAGACAUGCUAGUAAUCAAACCGAUGCUGAGACUACCCGAGACCAACAGGACAGCCUUGACCGGGAAAACAAUGGAGGCGUUUACACAGGAUUAUGAAAUGAAAUGAACAAUUCUAUCUAGUUCAUGAUAUUCUAAAUUUUAAAAAAAUCAUUUGCUAUCUUACGUGAGACGUGUAUGCUGGCAAAUUCAUAUAAACAUGCUGAUUUGAUUCGUCACCAUGCAGAAAUUAUUUGAUUGAACUAAAACAGACUUAAAACUAAAUGUAGCAUACAAUAGUAAAUUUUAAUACAUGUUUACCUUCUUUACUGGAAACAUUUCAAUCGCACAGAAGGUACAGAACAGAUCUUCUAAUCAAUUCUUUUGGAAUAGGUAAAUUGUGCAAUUGCCCUAAAGGAAUUUCAAAAAAGUGAGACCGCACUUGGUGAGGUUAAAAUAAUUCAAAUUGUAAGAAUUAAUAUGUUGAAUUUUUUCACAAUCACAAGAAUUUGUCUGUUCUAUAAAUUCAUUGUUAUAAUAUUGUGCGUAAAAGGAGAAAAUAUUUUAAGAAAAUUUAAGUAUAUACAAAAAGUUUUUGAAAAAUUAAAUUGUAAAUAUAUUUUAUCUUCUGGCAAACGGGGUCUCUAUAUUCACUUCUUCGACAAGACAUUGUGCUUAGGAAGCUUAUAUGGGACUGUGAAUGCAUGACAAACACAACUUGUGUUGGCCAUUUUAUAAAUUGAAGUUUAUGGUGCAUUUUCGAUGCAGAGUGUUUCUCUGACAACCUAAAAUCAGAAAAUGAAAAUGAUUUAAAAUUGAUUAUUUCGCAAGCAAAACCAUAAAUAAAUGGAAAUGAGCAUUUCCGUGCAUAUGGUGUAUUUGUAGCUGGUUGAUCGAAUUUGACACACACGCAUUCUCAAGGACAGAAUUUUGUUCUAGAUGAAAACUGUUAUUAUUUUAAAAGAAGGAAAAACAUAGAAGAAAUUUGCCUUUUGA